AUGUCCACAAUCAAAGGAAUUUCCACAGAUCUCAAGAACUCAAAAGUGGAGAAAGUUAUUGGCAAAACAGGCGACAACCUCACUGUGGAAUGUCCUCUUAAAGUCCUGAUCCGAAAGCCUUCUGCAGACUGCGUCCAGGACUACGCCAAGUGCCGGUCCUAUUUCCAAGCACUCAUGUUCCUACGCAGUGAAGGAAGCAGCGAAACAAUCGUUAAGACGGACCAGGACCACGGCGAGAGCGGCCGGCACAGUCUCCAGUACUCAGAACGUUUGGUGACCGUGGGAAUCUUCAACAUUUCCAAAGCCGACGAGGGGCUGUACGUGUGCGGAGCCGUGGCACCUUCUGGGAACACAUCCUCCACGCUGUUUCAAGUCCUGGUGGAAGACGCAGAUGUAUUGAAGGCCCCAACUCGACCACGGUCCCUGCUGCUGCUACUGCUGCUGGUCCCUGCUGUGCUGCUGUUGGUUGGAGGACUGUGGGUCUGCAGAAAGAAGAAGUCAAACCGUGAUUCCCCCAAAGCAGAGACUUCAGGCGAUAUCAAAUUACAGGACGAACUGUACGAGAACUGUCCUGCUCGUCCCUUGGACUCUGCAGACGGCACGUACCAGUCUCUUUGUGUGGAAACCAGAGACCACAACAUCUACAGCUGUCUGAAUCCUGCGCAGUGA